GGCCCACCUCUCUGACAAACACAUUGGGGCACUCACGGGCCCCGGGCCCCGCCGGGCCCCGGACCAUGAGACGCGGCCUGCGUCUUGGCCGCCUCUCGCUGGGUUUUGCACUUUACCGCGGACGCCUCUGCUUGACGCCCAGCCACUGGUUGCUGUGCACCAGAGGCCUGGAACCGGAAGCAGAAUCGCUGGUGCGACAGCUCCACGAAAACCUUCAGCUGCUGCCCAGGCAACAUUUGCGGCCACCUGCAGAAGAUUCGGACAUUGAGGGCCAUGCAGCGGUGGGCGAACUGCUUGUUCGCCUUGACGGGCCGCCGAGAUCUCGUUUGCCCGGCAUCAUCCAGUCCUACGCCUAUGUGGCCUCCGCCCAGUUUCCCGACAUGGCGCUGCCAGAGCUCCAGCGCUGGGCCCAAACCUUGCACCCUCAGCUGGCAGAGGCAGAGGAGCUCAUAGCCCCCCCCACGCAGCGCUUCCGAGUGUCCGUGGUGAGGGACGGGCAGCACAACUUUACCUCGGCGCAGGCCAUGGUGGCCAUCGGCUCUGGAGUUGGUGCUGUGAUGCCAUGGAAGGCUGAUAUGAAAGCCUACGACAUCGAGGUCAUGGCAAUCAUCCACCGAAGCCGCAUCACCUUGGGCCUUUCCUGCGCAGAGCUUGGGGAGAGCCGCAAGGGUGCGACGCAUCCAUCGAAGCUUCCCACUGAGGCGCGGGCUUGGCACCUCACAGAUGCCCGGCACCUGCGCUUCUCCACGGCGCGGCUGAUGUUGGAGUUCGGCCAGUUGCAGCCGGGCGAGAAAGUGCUGGACCUGUGUGGCGGAUGCGGCACCAUUGCUUUAGAGGCUGCAUCCCAGUUCUCCAACGUGCAUGCAGUGACCGCAGACGUGAGCGGCAAGGCUUGCAAGCUUGCAGAGGAGCACAUCCAGGUGGCAGAAUCCAAGGGGCUCCUGGCCGAGGGCUCAAGGGUGCAGGUGGUGUUCCGUGGCAUCGCAUGGUGGCGUCAGACAACGGAUAAGUUCGAUGCCGUCAUCUCCGAGCUGCCCUUUGGAGUGAGCCGCUGCCUGAGCAUGCGCUUCCUGGACCCGGAGAUUCUGGCAGCGGCGCUGCGCCGCGUGCUGCGGGUAGGAGGCCGGGCAGCGCUGAUUUGCCCACGCGGGCAGACGGAGGCGGUGAAGGCCAAGCUGGACCCCGCAAUUUGGACGGAUUGGCUUUGUCGCGAUGGCAAUGUGGGAGGCAUUUCCGUGCACAUGAUCCGUUUCAGGCGGACUGGUUGGCGUCCACAGCUGGACUGACUAGCGGAUGGCAGGAGGUGUCCUGUUCCCGGCCAGACGGCUGGGAGAGAUGCAGGCCUCACUGCCACACGGACGUUUGGAAGCUUGGCCACAUCGGUUGCUUUCCUGGCAAUGCCAUGCAAAGACGUGUCUCAGCAGGAGAUGAUGCAUCG